UGCGAGCAGAGAGGGAAAUAACAAUUCGAGUGUCGAGUCGUGCGUGUGUGUGUACAGUUGUAUUUUUUUUUAUUAUAUAUAUCUCGGUCUUGCUCUUGCUGGACUGGCAGCAGCACAGCACACGGCAGCAGUGCAAGCCGAGAAAGCGCCGAGCGAUGGAGUUUAUGACAUCUCGUGAGCUUGAUCAACUUUUCCGGCUUGAUGCGCGACCGUUACUCGCGCGAUAGGUUAGCGACAACAAUAACAGCAGUAGUGUGUACAACGUCAAGCAGCGCAGCCAUCAUCGUCGUCGUCGUCGCUUUCCGAAAACGUCAGUCCGCGACGAGGACCGAUCGGAAAAAAAAACAUCCUCGCUGCUGCUGCUGUGUGUGUAUACGAGCGAGAGUCCAGCCCGGGUCCCGGGGGCUGCACGAACCUUCGAAGCCCGAAAUCAUUAUUGUCGUCCGCGCGCACACACGGAAAAUAACUGGAGGAUCGCAACAACUGGUCAUGGAAAUUUACGACCCAGACGAGGACGAGGUGAUCGACACGGAGAUUUUCGCCGAUCUCGAUCCGACAGCUUGGAAUCCUCGCGAAUACGAGGACGUAAACACGUUCUUUCAUCGCGUGGAUUCCGACCAGAUCAUCUACGAGGAGAAGAAAAAGUGCAAGUUUAUCGGCAAGUACGUCAUGGGCGAUCUCUUGGGCGAGGGUAGUUACGGCAAAGUCAAGGAGAUGCUGGAUUCCGUGACGCUCUGCAGGAGAGCUGUCAAAAUUCUCAAGAAAAAAAAGCUCAGAAGAAUACCCAAUGGCGAAUCGAAUGUUCAAAGAGAAAUUAAGCUGUUGAAGAUGUUAAAGCAUAAAAAUGUUAUUGAACUUGUUGAUGUUCUUUAUAAUGACGAAAAAGAAAAGAUGUACAUAAUAAUGGAGUUCUGUGUGGGCGUACUACAGGAUAUGUUAGACAGUACACCGUUAAAAAAGUUUCCUCUAUGGCAAGCCCAUGAUUAUUUUUGUCAAUUACUUGAUGGUUUGGAAUAUCUACACGGUAAAAGUAUUAUUCACAAGGAUAUUAAACCUGGAAAUUUACUUUUAACACUUGAUGGUACCUUAAAAAUUAGUGAUUUUGGAGUAGCUGAGGCCCUUGACAUGUUUGCUGAAGAUGAUACAUGCACAACUGGUCAAGGUUCUCCAGCUUUUCAACCACCUGAAAUCGCAAAUGGUUGUGAAUCAUUUGCUGGUUUUAAAGUAGAUAUUUGGAGCAGUGGAGUUACUUUGUACAAUAUAACAACAGGGCUCUAUCCAUUUGAAGGUAAUAAUAUUUACAGAUUAUAUGAGAAUAUUGGCAAAGGUGAAUAUACUAUUCCUGAAGAAGUGGAAGAUUCCUUAAGGACAUUAUUAACUGGAAUGUUGCAAAAAGAAAUUGAUGAUAGAUUUACACUACAACAAGUGAGAUGCCAUGAAUGGACAUUGACAUGCCCACAAAAAACUUCGGAAUUUGUACCUAUUCCACCUCUUAGAGGAGAUGAAUGGCACACUAUGACUGUCUUACCUUAUCUAUUAGAUCAUCACUAUGGGACCAAAAAUGAUCAAAUUUAUUACACAGAAAGAGAAUUAAAUGAAGAAAAGAGAAAAGAAGAGGAAGAAGCAGAGAUGUACCAACAGUUGCGAGAGCAAGAGCAAGAGCAAGAGCAAGAGCAAGAAAUCAUUGAAAUACCUAGUCAAAACCGAAAUAAAACUAGUAACAUUCGGCAAAGUAGUAGAUUAAUAUGGAAAAAUCCAUUAACUAAUAACAAAAAAUUUUCGCCAUGUAAGCCAUCAUGAUUUACAUCGAUCUUCAUAAUCAUUUGUACAUAUAAAGACUUGUACUGAGAUGUGACAGAAAAUUGUUACUGUAAAUUUUCUCUACGUUUAACAAAGAUGUACAAAAAUAAUGUGUAUAUGAUUAGUUGUAAGUUUGAACGGUUUGAAUAUAUAUUGAAACUUCUAUAAAUUUUUAGUUUCCUUGUUAAAAGAAAAGUGAAUUAAUUCAAUUUUUAAUUACCAGUCACCAAUUUAAAUCAAAGCUAUAUGCGUAAAAAAUUUAAUUUUUCAUGUUUGAUGAUAUUUUAGGUAGAAGUAUGAGUUUUUAUUAUCAUCAAAGCUGUUGCAAUGAAGUUUGAAAGUUUGAUAACUUAAACAAUUUUUGUUUGGCUUAGUUUUACUUUUACGGUGAUGAAAAAACUUCUCAUCACAAAUCUAACAACAAACUACUUUUUGUUAUGUUAUAUAUUUGUAUAUUUUAAUGUCAUAUCCAUGAAAGAAACGAUAAAUUAUGUUAUUUUUAAUUGCCGUGAA